CAUAUGGUGUGUGAGAGCUCUCUGGAAAUGUUUGGAAGGAGCAUCUGUCAGACAAUAAAACUUACAAGAAAACAUGCUUCUCAUUUAAAGUGUGUUCACUAGAACUAUUUCAGUGCUGGAAUCCCUUCAUUUGUAUAGCUUGGAGGCAUCAAUAAGAGCAGAGAAGUGUAAAGGCACCAGAAAGCUCCAACUGUUGCUGAAAAUCCCAGGCAUUUUUAAAAGCAUUUAAUCUGUUCGUCAUCAGUCCUCUGAUAGGAACCUGAGCCAGUGGACAGACAGGAAGCCUCUGGUAGUCCAUCCAAAAAGAUUGCAAGCAAGAAGAUGUCAUGCUUUGUGCAAACCUGGGAAGUCUAAGGAGAACAAUAAUUGUUGGACCAAAGGGACCCUCUCCAGGCAUAAAUAGCAAGACUCCUACUGUCUUCUCUUGCAGACCAACUCAGCUGCCAGCAAAAGCAGGUGCUCUCCCCCUGCCAGUACUCCAGAGGAAACAUUUGGGAAUGGAAAACCUGAUGUUUGUCUACUGCUCCUGUAAAGUUAUCUGGACCCUCCUUGUAGCAGCAGUGGGCUGUGCCAGCAGCUUGCCUGUGGGUGAUGAUUCUCUUUGCUCAGCAGAGGAGCUGGCCAAGUACAGCAUAAUCUUCACGGGCAAGUGGAGCCAGGCUGCCUUCCCCAAGCAGUACCCACUCUACAGGCCCCCAGCACAGUGGUCAGCAAUGCUGGGUGUUACUCACAGCUCUGACUACAACAUGUGGAAAAAAAAUGAGUAUGCCAGCAAUGGGGUUCGGGAUUUUGCUGAGAAGGGCGAGGCAUGGGUAUUGAUGAAAGAAAUAGAAGAAGCUGGAGAGAAAAUUCAGAGCGUACAUGGAAUCUUCUCUGCUCCUGCCAUAUCCAGUGGCACAGGACAAACCUCCACUGAGUUAGAAGUGCAUCCAAGACAUCCCUUAGUUUCAUUUGUCGUACGAAUUGUUCCAAGCCCAGAUUGGUUUGUGGGCAUUGACAGCCUGAAUCUCUGUGAAGGAGACCACUGGCUGGAGGAAGUGACAGUAGAUCUGUUCCCAUAUGAUGCUGGAACUGACAGUGGUUUCACAUUUUCUUCCCCAAACUUUGCCACCAUUCCACAGGACACAGUUACAGAGAUCACUUGCUCCUCUCCAAGCCACCCAGCAAACUCAUUUUAUUAUCCCAAACUCAAAAUUUUGCCACCUAUUGCUCAAGUGACAAUGGUGAAAAUAAAGAAAAACCUUCUGGGUUUUCCUGUACCUUAUGAUAAUAUGCCAGAUAAAAGCAAUGAAGUAAUAGACACUGUCUCAGAAACACCACUGGACUGUGAGGUUUCACAAUGGUCUUCCUGGGGUCUUUGUAGAGGUGUUUGCAGAAAAACAGGGACCAAGAUAAGAACUCGUUUCGUACUCCUUCAGCCUGCCAACAAUGGAACACCGUGUCCAAAUCUGGAUGAAGAAACUGGAUGUGAACCAGAGAACUGUGUCUGAAAUCAAGAAAAGAUCGUAAUUUAGAUAAUUUAAAAGUAGGAUAUGUUUAACUAAAUGGAAACUACAUGUCACUCAAUGUUCCUUAUAAAUAGGGUGUGCUGCACUAUUUUGCUGUAAAGGUAUUGUAGGCUGGGUUUGAAAGCUGUUUCAUAUCAAGAUUUUGGAGGGUUAAAUUCCUCAGUAUGACAACAGUACUUGAUCAUUUACCGACCGAAAAACCCCCAACCGGUCCCUGCUGUAAAUAUACUGCAAGUUCCUGGAGUACCCUCUAGUGGCAGAAAAGACUCUCG